UACAGUUGUGUAGCUCCGAGCUGCGCCGAUUUCCACAUUUCCACAUUUCCACACCCACUGCACUCAGUUAGCUUGUAAGAGUCGAACCGGGCGGAGGGCAACGGUUUUUUUGGCCAGCAUAGCCAAAAAUCAACACGCUUGCUCCGUGUCCAACGAACCGGAGUCCGUGAAUCUCUAAGCGGAUAGCCGGAGAUCGAAGGAGGAAGGAAGGAGGAGCAGAAGGAGUAGCAGUCAUGCCCAUCCACUGGGACUGGGACUGGGAGCACGACCAUGACCACGGCGGACACCACCACUGGCCACCGCGUCGUCAUUGGUCCACCGGGGAGGUGAAGUGCCGCCAGAGGCACUACUACCUCUCCCACGAUCUGGAUGUCUGUGCCAGGGACUUCCAUCUGCGGAUGGACGACAGUGCCUGGUGUCACGGAUCCUGUUUGGUGGGAAGAGUGGUGAUCGAAACCGGAACCGAACCGGAUUCCCUGGGGAGGGGAACCUUCAAGGUGGUCCUGGAUGUCCACCACUUUCAGAUCGGCGAACUCACAGUGAAGGCCAGGAAUAGUGACACCGUCUGCGUGGAGGGCAAGCAAUCGGAUGACCGGGCGGAGAAGGGUCAGCUCUGCAUCACCCGUGAGUUCACCAGAUCCUACAAACUUCCGAGGCACUAUGACGCCACCCAGGCGAGGGCCACCUUCUCCGCCGAUGGAAUCCUCAUGAUUACGGUGCCGGCACCUCCCAAAUUGGACGACGUGGAGCGAGUGGUUGAGAUCGAGCCCACGGGUAACUAUUUCGGCAGUGUUUCCGAUCCCACGGCCACCAAGGCCAUCGAGCAGGGGGAAAAGGAUGGCGAAGGAGGCGCAGAUCCGGCCGAGAUGGAGUUGGACAAAUGAAGCCGGCGACGUCUGGCGGUUGCGCGGAGAUUCCGAUUUCUGUUGCCCAAAUGGAAAUGGAAACGGAAACCCAAAUGCGUUUAGGCCGCCAGAGGCAGUCGAUCGGUUGGAAAAAAUGAAGAAAAACUAGGAAAAUUUAACUGAGGAGAUGGGUAAACUAUUUCCCAGUCACCAGGCACUUGCACAUUGGAGUACUUCCCCCAAAAAAAUAGUUACUUGGAUUGUUCUUUGGUCCCAACUUAGACAGCACGUAGAUCCUCGUUCGAAACGUGAGCAAAUAUGGCGCAGUCAACAUUGUUCUAGGGUUUUUCUUAAGAUAGCUUCAAUCUACAUACAUUAAAGAGUUGACAAACGCUUGUGAUUUUGUUUAAUGCCAAUAAAGGACUUUAUCAGAAAACAAA